AUGGUUUCGAAAACCACGCGAGCUGCUACUGCAGCAGCAGGAAAGGUGGAUGCACGCAUGCGUGCAGCCGCGGAAAUUGCCUCUUACACCUCAGCAGUAGGUGAUUCGUCGCCUGUUUUUGUGAAUCGUCCACGUGAGCUCAUCUAUUCUGACGAUUCGGAUAAUGUUUACGACUCGAAGGCGACACCUCACGCCUCCGGGUCACCCGGGGCGGACACUGCAAGAUCCAGAUUGACCGGCUCUGGUCAACGUGGCGGUAUCAUGUCCGAGAUCUUCGAAUCGAGUGAUUCUUCUGACGAAUCCUCGCCUCACGCAAGUCCAUUCAACGAUAGGACGCGUGGGGAUGGUGGCGAUGCACCUAUACAUCACCACGAGCGAAGUAAUUCAAGGGAUCGGGGUAACACUGGUGCCAGUGCUCAUACUGGCACCAAUCAAGAUGCCAGGGACCGAAAUGUCCUGCACCACGCUCCUCAAGUGGAGUCUCCGUGGAUGCCGUCAUCCAGAGAGUUAAAUCGAGUGGCCGGCACGACUACCGAACGGGAUCGAAUCCCGUUUUUCGAUUGUAGGAGGAUUUGUCCACCUGAUUCCGGCACGGAAACUAUUCGUGCUGAGGAAGAGUUCUUCACCAAUGCGUUCUUCAACCAUCGGUGGUACAAUGGCAUCCGUGUUCGAGACGGCAAAGCCUUGGUGCAGGGAUGUAAUUCUCUCGUCCACAACAUCGAGUGCAUUGGCCCUGAUGCCUAG